UGGAGUAGCCACGACCACGCAAGGGCCUCUGUGCCCCGCCCUCCAAGCGUCAAGCUACUCGUGGAACGUUCUGGAAGUUUGAGAGCCGACCUGGGCCCAGGGACCUGCUGAUUUGAUUGUGGCACCAUUAGAACCUGGGUUGAUCCAGAGACAGACAGAUGGCUGAAAAUGGCAGAAAAGAAAAAAUAAAAUGGACAACGACUAUUAUUAUUAGCUCAUCUCUUAAGAGUUACGAAGUUGCAACUGCUCUAGAAAAUCGAAGCCACAAGAUUCGGUACUCAGAUUCAGUGGAAAAUGGAUCAAUUAUCUUUUCUCUUUCUGGACUUGCAUUUUUAUUGAUGGAUGCUAAAGAAUGCUUUAUAUCAGCUGAAGAAAUAUUCCUAGCCAAAAUUGAAAAGUUUAUUAAUAUUCACCAAAAGAGUUUUUUGGUUCUGUCUGCUGCCCUCCAUGGACCUGAGGAAUGGAAACUGAUGUUCAGGAUUCAGCAGAGAUUCCUGGGUAGUAACUUACGGAUACUUCCAGUACACAACACAGUAAAUGCUAUUAAUCUUAUGUGCACUAUGGCUAAGACUGCCUCCAAACCAUACACAGAUAGCAUUUACUAUAGAAUGAUAACAACUGAGGCUUACAUCAUUGAGCAAAGUCCUGUUUGGAAAACACUUCAAAAGUUAAAACUGAGUAGUGAUUCCUGUAACCCAAAUUAGAAUAGCAAUUACAAAAGUUCUUUUGGAAGAAUGUUAAAAUAAUUAG